GAGUCGCCGACCAAUUCGCCGUUUCCACAGCUGGCGCAACCCUCCGGCGGCGGCGCUGCGCGGCGGCGUAGGCAUCCGGCGUGGCGUCGUGCCUCCGAUCCGCGCCCCUCGGCGCUCCGGCUUGGCGACAGGCCGCAGCAGCCGAGCGGCGUGGCCUUCAUUGAUUAUUGAAGAAGGAACACUCCGCCGACAGCUUAAUCCGGAUUCUGAAGCAAUGAGUACCUGUAAAAAGGCCAGGGCGGAAUCUACAUCUGUUGUGAGUUCAGACAGACUGAGCAGUCUACCUCCAGAGAUAAAGGGCGACAUCCUCUCCCGUCUGAAUGUCGAAGAGGCGGUUAGGACUAGCACCUUAUCAAGUACUUGGAGGGACGCAUGGACUAAUAUGCCAAAAAUAUUUCUGCGCGAUGGAAAUUUUGCAAGAACCAAGUUCGUCACAUUAGUCGAUAUGGUGCUAUCACUCCACAAGGGAACUGUAGAGAAGUUUGAUAUUUCAGGUAGCAAACCUUACCAUGACGAGUUCGGCAGGUGGAUGCUCAUGCUUUCUAGGAGAUCACCAAGAUCAAUUAUAAUCGAGUUAAAAUCAGGGCCAGGUUAUAGGAUUCCCUCAUGUCUAUUUUCUAUCGGUGAUUUGGAGAAUCUGCACCUGCAAAACUGCAUCAUCAGCUUGCCCCGGGUAUUCCAAGGUUUCAAGAGAUUAACUCGCCUCAGACUGAACAAUUUCUCAUCUACAGACAUGGACAUCCAAAAUUUGGUCUCGUUCUGCCCCGCACUGCGUUCUUUGAGACUAACUUAUUUUGAGGGCAUUAACCAUCUAACCGUUCAAGCUCCUAAACUGAAACUUCUUUAUGUCAUUGGGGACGUUGAAAUUAAUUUGGAUGCACCUAAUUUGGAGGUGGCUCUCUUAAUGCAUCACAAAGCUAUAGCACCUCAUUCUGAUCCAAUUGCGCUUCACAAGGAAAGCUAUGUCAAGCAGUUAUUGGGAAGCCUAAGUGACAUCAAAAGCUUUGCAAUUAGCGGCUUUUUGCUGAGGUAUUUAUCAAAAGGUUGCAUACUUACGAAGCUCCCUGCCCUGUUUGCUCGCCUGGAGAAUAUUUAUCUUGCAAUAUGCUUUUUGGACCAGCGGCAAUUCUUGGCCGCUUGUUCAUUGUUUCAGAAUGCCCCUAACUUAAAGAGGCUUGAUGUUGUUCCAAUGCAGAGUCACUCUUCAAACACAUGGGAUCAGGAUCAAGCGAGGAUUAAAGAGUUUACCGUGCAAGUGCAAUUGGAUCAUCUCGUAACGGCCAGUGUGCAAGGUUUCAGGGGUCUGGACUGCGAAGUCGAUUUCGUGGCAAAGCUACUGAGCUGGGCACCAGCUCUGGAAGAACUGAAGAUAGAAUGGAAGGGCAAAACAGAGUGCAGCAUGGUUCUUGCCAAGCUAUUAGCUCUGCCGAGGGUGUCUCCCAGGGCCAAGGUCAUUGUUACAUUUUGAUAAGAAUGCAUCCCUACAGUCUAGAGAGCAUCCCCCAUCACUUUGCCGGUUUAAUUUGCAGCCAAGCAGGAUUAUUUCAGCUUUCUUUAUGCCAAGACUAGAUGGUGGUUAUAUAUGUGUGCAUUAACGCAAAUCAUCAGGCAGAGGGAGUACUUCAUGUGUUAUUAGCAAGGUUAUUCUUUGUUGAGCCGGGGACACAAGCCGCUGUUGCCGUGUCAGUUCAGCUCAUCCCGUUGUCCUGUGUAUCGUAAAUUCCUGAUUCUAAAAAAUAUAAGAAGUAAUGAAAUAUAUAAUGACACCUUCAUCUUGUAUGAACAAGAAUGAAGAUAUGAAUCAAAUGCAUGUAACUGUACCUUCUGCAUUUGUCGACAUAUGCAGCCUGAAUCAGUGUACUUUUUGGAAAUCAAAGCAUUUAUCAGACUAGUUUCAGAUUGGAA